AUGGAUGUUAAAAGAAAUUCAGUUUCUGGACCUUCUAGACGUAGAGCAUCGUUAGUUGAAGUUGCUGAAAAACAUUUUGAUACAAAUACACUCAUACUUAUUGUCAAUGUUCUUAUUUUGGUUGUUGCUAUGAGUCUUUUAUACAUGAUCGCAACUUCUGCUGCUACUGUUGGAAAAAACUUUUUUGAUAAGGAUGAAAAUUGA